AUGAAGCUUACCACAGCUCUCAUCUUGGCAGCUGGUGCCGUCGGUAUCCACGCUCAAGACGUUAGCAGUCUUCCACCCUGCGGUCAAGUGUGCAUUCAGAACAUGAUUGGCAAGGCUGGCGAGUUCGGCUGCCAGUCCACUGAUGUAGCCUGUCUCUGCCGGUCGCGAGACUUUGUCUACGGAAUUCGAGAUUGUUCCGUCGAGUCUUGCUCCAGCUCCGCCGAACAGGUUAUCCAGUAUGGCGUUGAUUUCUGCCGCAGCCAGGGAAUCGAGGUUUCUACUGAUGGUGAGGGCGGUGCUACGAAUGCAUCUCCUACCGAUACUGCUGCCACCAAUACUGCUGGCACCGAUACCGCUGGCACCACUACUGAAACACCGGCCACCGAAACUACUACCCCUUCGCCGGCCACCGAAACUGCCACCGAAACUGCCACUACGCCCACCACCACCGGCGAAGCCACGGAAACGGCUACCGCUACGGAAGGAACUACUACCGAGGGCGGCGGCGCUACCGCUACCCAGGGACCCGGCAACACUGGCGGGGCCCAACAAAGUUCUGCUCCCGCUGGUCUCUUGGUUGCCGCGGGCAUCCUCGCUCUACUUGUCUGA